UUCUGUUAAAAUGAUGGCACUCUACCGCUUCUAGCAAAAUAGCAGCAAAAUACACGUCAGGACAUUAAGAAACUGUCGCAGGAGAAGCUUGGACAUUAAAAUGAUGGCGUCUGCUGCUACGUAUUCAAUCACUACCUGUUUUCUUGAUGAGGGAAAAAACAAGAACAGAAACAUCAAAGAAGUAACACCUUGUGAAACAACAAAAUCUGUAACACCGGUGAAAGAAUCCAAGAUUGAUGAUCAAGAUUUCAAGCACCAAAAUUUAGAGGACUCUUCAUUAUUACCAUCGUCAAUAUCUUCUUGUUCAGAUAAAGGAAAACAGGUGGUGACACCACUUGGAAUCAUAGAGGCUGGCAUCGAUGGAGAGGAAGAUGACAAUAAGACUAUAACGAGCAAAUCGCACGGGAUGAUGUCGGUGAUCGGACGGCGAAGUGUGAUGGAGGAUGCUGUUACAAUGGUCCUGGGAGUUGCUGUUGGUGAAUCUGGUAGCUAUGACUUUUUUGCAGUUUAUGAUGGGCACGGAGGCGCUAGGGUGGCGAACGCGUGUAGAUAUAGGAUGCACCAGCUGGUGGCGAAGGAAGUGGAGAAAGGGGAAAGGGUUGGCGGCGGCAAGGGAUUGGAGUACUGGGAGAAGUUGAUGGGGGCGUGUUUUGAGAAGAUGGAUGAGGAGCUGGUGAUCCAUAAUGAGGGUGGUGGAGGAGAGGUGGAGAUAGGGAAGGAAGCGUUGUCAAUAAAGAAUAUGGGUUCGACCGCAGUGGUGGUGAUGGUAGGGAAGGAGGAGGUGGUGGUGGCGAAUUGUGGGGAUUCAAGGGCGGUUAUGUGUCGCGGUGGCUUGGUUGUGCCUUUGUCUCAUGAUCAUAAGCCUGACAGGCCUGAUGAAAGAGAGAGAGUGGAAGCAGCAGGUGGACGAAUCAUAAACUGGAACGGUAGCCGCGUCCAAGGAGUCCUCGCCACUUCAAGAUCAAUAGGAGAUCACUAUUUGAAGCCAUUUGUGAUCUCCGAACCCGAGGUUACUGUUAGCGAGCGAACUGAGUCAGACGAAUUCGUUGUCAUAGCAACUGAUGGCUUAUGGGAUGUAGUUACAAAUGAGACUGCCUGCAAGGUUGUCAGAAAGCUCUUUGAUGGCCAAUUAAAGAGGAGGCUUCCAGAUGAAUUUAGUGGAAAUUGUUCUGCAGAGGCAGCAGCAAAGCUAGCCAAAUUGGCAAUGGCUCGAGGGAGCGCAGACAAUAUCAGUGUCAUAGUAGUUCAGCUGAAAAAAGGCUGAUAGCAGGUCUUACUAAUCGUUUGUAUUCUUGCCAUUUUCUUUAUGUUUUUCAGAGGUUUACUGUAUGGAGUUUUUGAAGGAAUGAAAUGUCCUGUGGAAAUGUUUGAUUUCA